CAACAUCCAAACAAAAUGAAUACAGAUCGAAAAACUUCCGAGUCAAGGAACGAGCAGCUGCCUCGUGUGGCUGAGACUUCGGCUAGUGCGGCCAGCAACAGAGACACCAAAGAUAAAUGCAUUACGGACUUUGUUAUGAAGGGUGCCAGCGGGAUGAUAAUCGGCACUCUCUUUACGGUAUUCUACACACGGCCCCGAACCUAUCCGAUCUGGCUCUGCAUGGGCAUUGGCAUGGGCCUGGCCUACGAUUGCUGCCAGAAUCGUUUGGCCCAAGUGGAUGAAAAUCAAACCAAAUGACACGUACGCAGAAUGAACAGACAUAAAGCAGUUACUCUCCAGCUGACCAGACCACCAAAAAGAAAGUGCAUUAUGUGGCAGAAACUUAUCCAAAAGUGUUUGCUAAUUCAAACUUUCUUCUAAUUCAAAUUCAAUUUAUCAGCAGUCGA